AUGAUUGAGCACUUCUUGGGAACCUGGAAGCUGGUGUCCAGUGAAAACUUUGAGGAAUACAUGAAAGAACUGGGAGUGAGUGCUGCUAUUCGUAGCAUGGCGGACUUAGCAAAACCCAGCAUCACUAUCACCACCGAUGGGGACACAGUGAACUUCAAAUCAGAAAGUUCUUUCAAAAACACCGAGAUCUCCUUCAAACUGGGGCAAGAAUUUGAUGAAACCACAGCAGACAAUAGGAAAGUAAAGAGUAUUGUAACAUUAGAUGGUGGGUCAAUGAUUCAUGUCCAAAAAUGGCUUGGCAAAGAGACAACAAUCAAAAGAAAAAUUGUAGAUGGAAAAAUGGUAGUGGAAUGUAUCAUGAAUAAUGUUGUCAGCACCAGAAUCUAUAAGAAAGUAUGA